UGAUGAGUUCAACACACCUUUAUACGUCCGGAAGCAGGAAGACUUACAGCGGCGGCUCUGCCUGGGUUCGUGUCUUCGUUCUUGUGUGUUGAGGACCGUCCAUGUCAGCGGCGUAAACCGGCCCUGUCUGUCUGGAGUACCGAGCUUCUCACCGGGCGGCAGAGGAGACCCUACCGGGGGGGAUGAAUUUUAUCACCAACUGGAGACGAAGCGUGAAGAGAAAAGACACCAAAGAGGAUGGCGCUCAGGAGGAAGACGUCCCUGACAGUCCAGACUCCCCAAGCCAGUGGUCAGACAUGAACAGUCCAGAACUGGAUCCCAUUAUCACUGACUUCAGGUUACAGUUACCUGAUAACAAAGAUGCUCUGGGAUCAACAAAUCCAACUAAUGGGUGCUCCCGAUCAGAUCUGUCGUUGGCUCUCGAGGACUGUAUGGCAGCUCUGGAUCUGUUCCUCAGGAAUGACUUUGAAGAGGCGCAGGCCCGUCUCAGAUCCAGAACCAAAGACAGCAUGUACCACGCUCUGACCUAUGCCACUAUCCUAGAAAUGCAGGCCAUGAUGACCUUUGACCCCCAGCACAUUCUAGUUGCGGGAAACACCAUGAAGGAGGCCCAGGCAAUCUGUCAGAGGCAUCGUAAGAAGUCAAGCUUUUCCAAAAAUUUCACAGAAGAGGAGCUUCAUGCUGAAGUCUGUUAUGCCGAGUGUCUCCUGCAGAGGGCAGCGCUCACCUUCCUUCAGGAUGAAAACAUGAUUAGUUUCAUCAAAGGGGGGAUCAAAGUGAGGAACAGCUACCAGACUUAUAAAGAGCUUCACACAGUCCUUCAGUCCACCGGGUACACUCACGGCGACAACCACGGCCAUUUUGAAGGUGGCGUUAAACUGGGAGUCGGAGCCUUUAAUUUAAUGAUUUCUAUGUUGCCCACACGGACGCUCAAACUUCUGGAGUUUGUUGGCUUCUCUGGUAAUAAGGAGUUCGGUCUGCAGCAGCUUCAGGAGGGCUCUGCAGAAAGCACCUUCAGGUCCUUCCUGUGUAACAUGCUGCUGCUCUGUUAUCACACCUUUAUGAGCUUCAUAUUAGGAACUGGAGAAGGAGACGUUGACGAUGCAGAAAAACUGCUGCAGCCAUACCUCAAAAAAUAUCCUAAGGGAUCCAUUUUCUUGUUCUUUGCUGGUCGAAUAGAGGAGAUUAAAGGCAACCUGGAUGCUGCUAUUAAGCGUUUUGAGGAGUGCUGCGAAGCCCAGCAGCAGUGGAAACAGUUCCACCAUAUGUGCUACUGGGAGCUAAUGUGGUGCUUCACAUACAAGAGACACUGGAAGAUGGCCUACUUCUAUGCCGACCUGCUCAGCAAGGAGAACUGCUGGUCCAAGGCUACCUAUGCAUAUAUGAAAGCCGCCUACCUCAGCAUGCUGACUAAGGAUGAUUGCCUAACCUUCGGAGAGACUGCGCUCACUCUGUUCAGGCAGGUCCCAGGGCUGAAGCAAAAAAUAGCCGGUAAAUCUUUACCAACAGAGAAGUUUGCCAUCAGGAAAGCCCGUCGCUACCUCGCAGAAAACCCUAUUUGUCUUCCUGCUCCUCCACUGGAGAUGAUGUACAUCUGGAAUGGUUACACGGUCAUCGGUAAACACAAAGACCUGACUGAAGGCAUGCUGAAAACACUGGAUGACGCACAGGCUAAACUCGAGAGCAGCCCAAGGACUGAGUUCUCCAUAGAUGAUCAGUGUCUGCUGAGUCUUCUCAAAGGCCUGUGUCUCAAACACCUGGGGCAUCAGGAGGAGGCUGAACACUAUUUCACCCUUGUCCUCUGCAAUGAAACCCAAAUCAAGUUCGACCACUACCUGGUUCCUAAUGCCCUGCUGGAGCAUGGCCUACUGUGUCUGGAACAGGGUAGAAAUGAUGAAGCCAUCAAACUCCUUGAAGCAGCUAAACAAAAUUACAAAAACUACUCCAUGGAGUCACGGACACACUUCCGCAUUCAGGCUGCUUUGCACAAGGCUAAGGGCAAUGGGGAGAAUGGGAUCCACACCCCCACCAGCCCAUAACAGACACAGGAGGGCACACUAGAGCAACACACAGCGUCCUGAUAUCCCCCAGUCCAGCUCGCCUGGCCUGGCUCAGCUCUGCCUGGCCCAGCUCAGCUUGGCCUGGCCCGGCUCAGCUCGGCCUGGCUCAGCUCAGCUUAACUUAGCUUAGCUCAGAUCAGAUCAGUCCAGCCAGAGUGGCCAGAGUUUGGGGCAUCUGUAUAUUUCAUUGGGAGGUCAGGGGAAGAGAAAUCCUCAUUUUUCUCAUGUGUGCCACACUUUUGGGACGAAAACAGCUCCAUUUAGCCCUGAUGGAUUUACACAGGAUAUCACACCCUCUUCUAAGAAUAAAUUAUGAUGAACUUCACUUCCUCAUGUGCUUUGACAUAGAGGCAAGGUAAAUAUUGUGCCUAUAUUUUGGAGCAGGUUAGUUUGUCUAGUGCUGUGGCCACCUAUGAAGGGUGCACAAGGGUACAAAAUAAGGUCAGAUUUAUUCAAAGUUUGUCUUCAAAAAUGUACUCUGUGCAGGGUAGUGGACAUGGACCUGAUGAUGCCAAUAUACAAAACAGUCCCUAUAAAUUACUGACAUAAACUUCACCCGACCAGCAAACACAUCUACCUAGUUCCUUUAAAGCAUCUUUUUUCUUCAAACUAAGAUUAUUACAUGACUUGAGCUGAUGGAAGACAACACUCACACAACACUCAACACAUGUGUUGACAUAGUUUACAUACAAGACACCAGGUAUGUGAUUCUUCAUGCAACUUACCAUAUUUUUACACUACAUAACCUAUUGUUCGUAGUGUUUAUCUGAGGGUUUUUUUUUUGUUUCAUUAUAAUUUUUUUCAUUUCCUUGAAACAACAUGUAGAGACUCAAUGAAACUAUAUAGACUGCUUUUCUUACAACCACCUUCUGAAGAAAUGAUCAUACCUGUGCAAUCCUGUUGUACUUCACACUGUUUAACAGAGCUUUGUAUAUGAGCCUUCCACACAAACUCUUCAGUCACAAUUGACUUAACAGUGAGAGUUGUUCUUUACGUAAAUACUGUAUACUGUAAAUGGCACCUUUUACACAAAUUGUCCUGUUUUAAGGGGACAGAUGAAUGUGUCUUUCAGAAAGGCAGACUCCCUCCUUUUCUCCUCCUGGUGUGUGUGGGAUAGGCUCCAACAGUACUUGAGCUUGAACAAACAGGCCAUUGACGGCAUGCAGCAAAAGACUGCCUGCUGCAUCUUUAGUGAAUGAAGAAGCUUCGAACGACAACCACCAGAGUCUCCCCUGCUUUGUGAUCCGCUGCUGCUGCUCUGUAUUUUGCCAUGCUUGACUAGAACCACCUAUAAAAGAACUUCAGUGUCAUAACCGCAGUCUUUUUGGUCAAGUAAUAUUUAUCUGUAAAAAUGACCAAGUAUUUGUAAUGAUUGAAAUAUUAAGACUUAAAGGGGUCAGCUCUACUUACGUUGGUGGUUAGGUUGUGUGAAGUGUCCCAGCAGGAGUGUCCAAAGCUGAGAAACUCACAUGGUGUCUCAAGUGCUCUAAUUAGAGCACUGCUGAUUUAUUGAUGAUUAGACUAAGGAUCGUGAACCAAGACCAUGACUAGUCCAUUUAAAGUUUGUUUUUUCCCCUAAUGGCCUAAAAAAUAUAUAUUCCUGAUAUUGUUCUAACAGCAGUCACUGAAAUAUUUUUUUAAAAAUUUGAUUUUAUUUCCUGGUACGUAAUUAAAAAUCCCUUUUCUUUUAAAUUUCCCUUUGCUUGUACUGAUAUUCUGUAGCUUUAAGGAAUUCUAACCAAAUGUGGCAUUGUGUGAUUACAAUCAACAGAUUUUCCUGGGGGACAGCUACCACUGAGCAGAAUGACAUUUCUGUACAUAUUGAAUGUUUCUACUGUAAUUUAAGAUGAAGAGAAGCAACUUCAAAAAUCU